UGGGGAUGCUACAAGUACACAUUCCUUCUGUGGGGCCGGAGGCUGCGGAGUCGGAGAGGAACCUGGAGAAAGGACAUAUGGUGUUCAGGGUGGAGGUCCUCUGCAACGGGAGAAAGCACACCAUUUAUCGGCGCUACAGUGAAUUCCAUGCCCUGCACAAGCAGAUUAAGAAGUCUUGCAAAGUGCCUGACUUUCCUCCCAAACGGGUACCUAACUGGAGGCACAAGGUUCUGGAGCAACGACGACAGGGGUUAGAGGCUUAUAUCCAGGGUGUCCUGUAUCUCAAUCAGGAAGUCCCCAAGGAAGUGCUGGAAUUCUUGAAGCUUCGACAUUUCCCUUCAGAUUCCAAAGCUAGCGACAUGGACUCACUGGGCAAGUUUCUGCCCAGCAACAGCAGUGCUCACCAACCCCACAGACCAGUCCUGAAAUUCCACAGGGAUCCCUACCUGCAAAGCCCUUCUCUAGGUAAGUAAAAUGUCCAGGGCUGAGAAAAUGGCAGUAAUUAUGAAGUCAAAUCUUGGCACCCACCUGGGACGGGGGACCUCCCUGUCCCUGCUCUAAUGGCAUGACCCCAAUAGUUGA